UAAAUAAAUAAAUAAAGUUACGAUUGGAAAGUGACAGUUUGUGGACUAAUUAAUAUACCAAUAAGGUCAUAUGACAAGUUCCCAAAUGAUUAUCUCUAAUAUCAGGUUUCUUACCGUGGUAAGAAACCUAGAAACCUGAUAUUAGUGAUAAUCAUUUAGUGAAUAACCACGAGUCUUAAAAUCUAUAAGUUCCCAAAUGUUCAAAGUCGUCGUUAUAAGUACACCAUGCUUCCAGUCAAUCCGUGAUGGGCUCGGCGCGCGGCGGAGCACGGCCUCCGAGCCACACGGCUUACUUCGUGGCGCUGGCUGGGAUCCUUAUACUACUGCUCAUGCUCUGCUGUUAUUUUUUCUACUUCUGCAUCAAGCGCGUUAAAGAGUUGUCCCGCGAAACGGCAUCGACCCAGGCAGUCACCGCUGCAUCUCCCGCUGUCACCACUUACCCCGUCCAGCCAGGCGUUCGAGAUAGCGCGACGGCGAUGGCGAAACUCUGCAAGCAGAUACCUCAGACGGGCGGCAAAGGUGAUACGGUCUUCCCUACGUCCACGUCGCCCGGAGCCACACAAACGGAUACUGGCACGGAGACCAGGGCUGCAGAAUUGCCAAAGAAGUUGACCGCGCCCGCUGUUGGUGUCAACGUCUGCGAAGCGCCGGUUGUUAGGUAGACUCUCAUGACAUGUGUCGACAUGGCCCGGCUCCUCGCAGAGGUAUAUCGAAGGAAAUGUGAAUCUUGCACAGAUGCCCUAAAAUUUGUGAAUUUGUGUGCUCUUGUUCCUUGCAUGUUUGCAUACCUCCAACUCGAAUCCUAUUAAGUCGGUUAAGGAAGGCUUCUCUAAAUGAUAAAAUCUCUGACGAUUCGCUCCCUUCAUAGUCUUUAAUUAUACGUAUUAUGACGCUUACCGUCCGGAUCAAAUCAAAGUCCGUCCUAAAAUGCUUCAGAAACACUUUCCUUAAAUCCAAAGUACCAAAUAAUUGUUAGGUCACAUAAUUGAGUAGAUAUCCGCUCUUAUGGUCCAUUACAUAAGAAAGUAAUAGAAAAAUAUAAGAUUAGGAAUUUCGAGCUAUUUACAUUUACUAUUUAUAUAUAGUAUAAUAAAUACUUGUGAAACUUAAACAUAGAAUUCGGGCCUUAGAAUACCAGCGUCAUUUCAUUUUAUUUCAUUUUAGGUAUUAGUGGGUAACUUGACAUUACUUGGGGUUAGUUACUUAAAAGAAGUGUUAUUGAAGUAUUCAGGUUAUUUUAUUAGGCUACGGUUGUAAAGGUAUAAUUACAGUUGCAUAUAACUAGUCAAAACAAAAGAAACGAAGUUAUGUAUAAUUCUUU